UAGCGGAUACACGAGGACUACGAUCAACGACAACAACUCGCCUAGAACACUAGUAUCAGUUACGGAGUUUGUAAACCAAUUGUCCACUUCAAAACGUCUCGACUUCAUUGUGCUUCAUUGCUUUCGUGACUCAGUGCGCACAAUGAUCAUGCUUCUCUAGUGCCAUGGAACUGGAAGCUUUGCCUUUGAUGAGAGAGUUAGGCCUGACAAAUCAGGAUAUUGUUUUCUUGGGAGAAGUGCGAGUGAGGCAAGAAGAUGAACUUGGUCGUGGCUCCGAUGCCGCCGUGUAUCGGCUGAACUGGCAGGGAAUAGAUAUCGCCCUGAAGGUUCUGCACCCCAUUUUGAUUGAGCCUGGUGUUCAGGACCGAGAGAGGAAAAUCCGUUCAUUCGGCCAAGAGGUAUUCCGUCUCAGUCGCACCCACCACCCCAACCUUUGUCAAUUGCUGGGCAUUGCGAGAGUUGGGCGAAACGCUGCUCUCGCGUUGGAGUUGCUGACUUCGACGUUGGAAGAGUUGAGUAUUGGUGAGGAUCGGGAUGAUGGCUUGAAGUUAAUCGGCUACCUCUGUGACACGUCGGCUGGUAUCAGAUACCUGCACCUUCGUGGUAUUAUCCACCGAGACCUCGCACCGAAAAAUGUGAUGAUCAAGAACGGAGUCGCAAAGGUAUGCGAUUUUGGUGUGGCGAAAUUCGUACGCUUGGCAUCCCCUCGUCAACAGCAGCACCAGGUGCAGGCGGCUCGAAUGGACAUGACCCGUUGCCCCGGAACGUUGGCUUUUAUGCCACCGGAGGCACUGGUAGAGCAACCAGACUAUGAUCGUCCGCUGGAUAUCUUCUCGUUGGGUGUUACGCUACUGGCUGUUAUCACUGGAGUAAUGCCAGGGAUCGACCUGAUCAACGCUCCAGCCGUUGUGAUCGUCCAGGACGCCAGUGGACGGGAAAGGACGCAGGUGGUGCCAGAGACAAGACGGCGUGCUGCUUAUCUUCGGCGACUGGCAGAUGACCACCCACUGAAGCCGCUGGCAGUUCGCUGCCACUCCAAUGAACCGAGCGAGCGACCGACCGCCGAGGAAGUACACGAGGAGAUGAAGCGAGUGUUGCAGCUGUUCACCAGUCUCUCGUCGCCUCAUCCUUCCAAUGUACCACCGGCUGUUGUACGUCGACUGGACUCUAUCUCCGAACAGCUAACCCAGCAAGCUACGUCCAUUACUGCGCUGGCCACGCGGAGUGAUACGCUAGAGGAACAGCUGACGGCCAUUACCAACAACCAGACUGCAGCACAACAACAACUGACUGCAACACAACAACAACUUGAAGCGGCCAUUACCAACAACCAGACUGCAGCACAACAACAACUGACUGAAACACAACAACAACUUGAAGCGGCCAUUACCAACAACCAGACUGCAGCACAACAACAACAGACUGCAACACAACAACAACUGACUGCAACACGUGAGCAAGUAUCCAAGAUGCAAGACGAACAGAGUACCGUAGCCCAGCGACUGGAGAUCAUUGCACAAAACCAGACAACAACACAGCAACAGCUGACUGCGAUUCAACAACAAGUAUCCACGGUACACAACGAACAAACCACCGCAAACCGCCGAGUACAAGCGCUGGCCGACCAGCUUCGUGAUACAAGUUCUGCUUCUGCCACUUCCUCUGCUACAACAGCUACGGUACCUGUUUCCAGUCCCAUUGCUGCACAAGACAGCCGGUCAAGUUCAGCUGCUGCCCCUGCCACUGCCUCUGCUACAGUAACUAGAGCUGAAGCUACAGCAGCUGCAAGCACAGCUGCUUCAUCCGUUGGUAGAGGAUAUCAUGUCUUACCUGCUAUGCCAACGCCAAGACAGAUUGCAAACAUCAAGAGACGCCGAAAGUGGAAAAAGUUAGAAGUACGGCAGGAAGUACGGCAGCAUGGCAAACGUGCCCUAGUAGCCACGUACAGUGACAGACUGGUUGCUGUGUGGUAUGAUGGUGUGGAAAUGGUCAUCACCAAGAUCGUGCAGACUUCAGACCUGAAAACAUGGCGCAGUAUUGACCUACCAAGUGAAUACAGUAAGCUGGCUACCCCAUCACUGGCAUCCCAUGGUGGUAUGCUGUACAUGUACUGUAACACACUCCCCAAGAGCACCACCAGGGGUGUGCGCUCUAUUCUGCAGUACUGCGACACACCAGAUAACGGUGAUGGCGGCCGCGGUGGUGGUGGUCGUCAAUGGGCCAAAGUUACGGACGUCCCGUCGCACUGUAACCAUAGCUGGUGUACUCUACAUGUAUGUCAUGAUUCUAUUUCUCUAUAUGGUGGCGUCCAUCAUGAUCAUGUUAGUAUCUACUCUCUAGCUAGUCAGCAGUGGAGCUCUUCUUCUGCUUUACACGAUACUGGCCUAGUAUUACCUUCAUUGCCACUACCAUGCCGCGAAGCAUCACUUGUCCCAUUCCCUGAUUCAAUGUACAUGGUUGGUGGUGGUACAUGUUGUUUCCUUAAACACCAUGAUGGUAGGUGGGUUUCCACCAGUCCACCGGAUGGUGUUGAGCUGGUGGGUAGUGCAGCAUGCGCGCUGUCUGAGCAUAGCAUGGUUAUUUGCCCCCACACUCCUGCUGCUGAGUGUGUUGUAUAUGAUAUUACAUCUCGUCAGAUCCAUUCACUACCAGCUAUGCCAGUGUACAUUGAUUACACCCCAUCUCUCACACUGUUUGGCAGUACACUGGUACUCAGUAUAGGUGCCCAUGGACCUGUCAGUCCUACUGCUCUGUACACACUGGAUAUGAGUGUGUGAGUGUAGUAGGUUACUAACUACAGUCAAUCACUGAUGAUGACUGCAGUACGCAAACUGUUAUGCAUAAUACUUCCUCUUUUCCAUCAGACUGUUGAUAAUCUCUGUUUUCACAUCAAUAUGGCUGGUCACGAAAUUUGUUCCAAAAACUAGUUGCACGCCACAGCAUCCCCUGUACAUAAUACUUGGACCUUUAAGUGAAUAUCAUUCUCACCCGUAUACUCCGUUUGUGUAUUCUGGAACCUCUGAGUUGAAAUUAUUUUCCUUCCUGUAGGCUCUCUUCUCAGUAAAUCUUGCACAAUGCAAUAUUCGCUCUUUCCUUGAUGCCUCCACAGUUGCAAUGUGAAAUCGGACCUGUGAA